AUGUACACGCCGGAUCAGUUCAUGAAUCCGGGGCCGGCUCCCCGCCCCCCGACUGAUCGGCCUCAGUUGACCAUUCCAACCAACAACAAUCCCAACGUGGCGACCUCGUUCAGCCAGAUGUCUCUGCAAUCGCCCAGUACUCCCGGCCCCGUUCCCGGUGGCAAUCUCUCGCUUUUUCCCAACACCAGCUCGCCAUCGCUUGCCCGGAGCCCGACCGGUGGACAGGGCAGCAUGGGGAUCGUCAAAGAAGGACCGGUGCGCUGCAAGGAAGACAAGUUUUUGGCAACCUGGGGCCAGCGGUACCUGAUUCUGCGUGAUUACAAAAUCGAGUUUCUGAAGAGUGAGACCGGCAAGAGCGUUCUCUCCUUCCCGCUGUCGGCUGUUACCAAUGUGUCUCGCUCGGAGGAUACCAAGAUGGCCUUUGAGAUCGUGCGCCUGGCCAAUCCCAAGGAUGCGGGCUCCAAGGCCGCCAUGAUCUCUCGCGAUGUGGCGACCAAGUCGAUUACUUGUGAGGUGAGAACCGAUGACGAGAUUUACGACUGGAUCGACAAGAUUUAUGAACGCUGCCCGGGCAUGGGCGGUGUCAGUAACCCGACGAACUUCAGCCAUCGAGUUCACGUUGGCUUUGACCCCCAGACCGGCGCUUUCGUGGGCUUGCCCCCAGAGUGGGAGAAGCUUUUGACCGCCUCGGCUAUCACCAAGGAAGAUUACAAGAAGAACCCCCAGGCUGUGAUUGAGGUCUUGGAGUUUUACUCCGAUAUCAAGAUGCGCGAGCAGAAUCCUCAGUACUACGCCGGCAUGGGCGGCGCAGCUAAUGGCCAAGCCAAGCCGCUCGGCAGCAACACCAUGGGCAGCUCCAUUGCUCCCCCACGCCCUCCCCCGCCAGGGCCGACACAGCGUCUGGAUAGUGCAGACGGUCCUACGCGUUCUGCCAACUCAUCUCCCGGCCAGUCAAGCAAUGACCCGGGAGCUGCGGACAAGAUGCGACAAUUGGAGGAGAUGAAGCGAAUGGCAGAGCAGGAACGUCGCCGCGUGGAGGAAGAGCGCCGCAGGGAUGACGAAGCAUACAAUGCGUCCUUGCCCAAGACGCGCCAACCGCUAGCCAAGCAAGAGAUUGGUGGCUACGGUGGCUCGGAUUCCUCGACUACCCGCUACCAGCCAAGUCGCCCUGCACCGCAAGCCCCUGGAUCUGCGGCUCGUAGCCAGGGCCAAGACCCUCGCCAAUUGACUGCGCAACGUGCGGCUCCGGCUCCCCCAUCCUCGCAAAGUCCCUAUGGACAAAGUCCGUCCCGAGCACCCGGUUCUCAGAACCAGAGUCAGGGUUUCCCCAGCCCUGGUUAUCCUCCGAACGAUCCUCGGGCUCAGGCCUCCCGCCAACCAACCAACGGAUCCAAGGGCCAGCAGGCUCAAGGGCCUCCUCCGACCCGGUUGCCCGCACCUGUCCAGGCUGUGAAGCCCCUGAACAUCGCCAACAAGCAGAAUGCAAGCAAGCAAGGUGUUUCUGAUAGUGUUCGUCAGGCCGAAGCCGCCCUGACCAAGAAGCCCGAGCCGCGCCAGAAGGAGGUGCGCAUGUCUGCCAUGACCGAAAACGAAGUGAUGGACCGGUUGCGAUCAGUAGUGUCCAAGGACAACCCAAAUGAGUCCUACAGCAAGCAACGCAAGAUCGGCCAGGGUGCCUCUGGCUCUGUGUACGUGGCACGCGUCAAGGAGCAGGCAACAUCGGCUGUGGCCCGCGAGCUUUACCGUCAGUAUGGACCCCGCUGCCAGGUGGCUAUCAAGCAGAUGGACCUGCGCAGCCAGCCCCGCAAGGAGUUGAUUGUCAAUGAAAUUAUUGUAAUGAAGGACAGCCAACACGCCAACAUUGUCAACUUCCUCGAUUCAUUCUUGCAGGAGUCCAGCAAUGAGCUCUGGGUAGUGAUGGAGUUCAUGGAGGGCGGUGCCUUGACAGAUGUCAUUGAUAACAACCAGGUGAUUCAAGAGAACCAGAUUGCCACGAUUUGCUCCGAGACUUGCAAGGGGCUAGCCCACCUGCACAGCCAGAACAUCAUCCACCGUGAUAUCAAGAGUGACAACGUGCUGCUCGACCGUGUCGGCCACGUCAAAAUCACUGAUUUCGGAUUUUGUGCCAAGCUUACCGAGUCCAAGAACAAGCGUGCUACCAUGGUCGGCACUCCGUACUGGAUGGCACCCGAGGUUGUCAAGCAGAAAGAGUACGGCCCCAAGGUCGACUGCUGGUCACUGGGUAUCAUGGCUAUCGAGAUGAUCGAGUCCGAGCCGCCGUACCUGAACGAAGAGCCCUUGAAGGCGUUGUACCUCAUCGCGACAAACGGAACCCCACGCCUGAAGAAGCCCGAGAAGCUGAGCAAGGAGCUCAAGGCUUUCCUGAGCGUGUGUCUCUGCGUGGACGUUCGCAGCCGUGCCACAGCCGACGAGCUCCUCGCCCACGAAUUCCUCCAGAUGGGUUGCAGCCUCGCCAGCCUGGCCGAACUGCUACGAUGGAAGAAGGCCAAUGGCCAGUAA